CACAUUUCUGUAUCCAUGCCCGGCAAGUCCUGUCAGCUGCAGGGUGAACAUGUUUCUGCUAGGACAGAUUGGAGUGCAGACUGCAGCUCCUCUGCACCGCUCACCCAGUGCCAGCCCAGGGACACCAGCACAGGGACACCGGGAGCUCAGCGUGGGACAGCUGGGCGGAGCAGCCGCCCCGGGCUCCCGCUCCCGCCCCCGCCGGUGCGGGCGGUGCGGGGUGGAUCCUGCGAAAAUGGACGGGAGCAGCGGCGCGCGCUGGGAAGGGCAGCGGGUAAAUCAGCAACCCGCGUCCCCUUAAAAGAGAUUAAAGUUCAGUUCGGUCCUCAAAGGAGCUCCGGGAAAACAAUGAAUCUGUUUCUGGAGCUUCUCCUGUUCCUGGCCACGCUCCUCUACUCCUACCUGGAGGCUUUUGUGAAGCUGUUCGUGCCUGUGAGGAGAAAGUCUCUCAGCGGGGAGCUGGUGCUCAUCACGGGCGCUGGCCAUGGCGUCGGGAGAGCGACCGCCUUGGAGUUCGCCAAGCGCCAGAGCAGGCUGGUUCUGUGGGACAUCAAUAAGCACGGUGUUGAGGAGACAGCAGCAGAAUGCCAGAAGCUGGGAGCCACUGUCCAAACCUUUGUGGUGGACUGCAGCAAACGGGAGGAGAUCUACAGUGCUGCAGACAAGGUGAAAAAGGAGAUUGGGGAUGUGACCAUCCUGGUGAACAACGCUGGUGUGAUUACAGCUGCCGACUUUCUCUCGACUCAGGACCACCAGAUAGAAAGGAUGUUUGAAGUCAACAUUCUUGGUCACAUGUGGACCACGAGAGCUUUUCUGCCAGUCAUGAUGAACAACAACUACGGGCACAUUGUCACAGUGGCUUCGGCUGCAGGUCAUUUUGUGAUUCCUUUCAUGGUGGCAUAUUGCUCAAGCAAGUUUGCUGCAGUUGGAUUUCAUAAAGCUCUGACAGAGGAGCUGUCUGCCCUGGGAAAGGAUGGAAUAAAAACAACGUGCCUUUGUCCAGUUUUUAUAAACACUGGAUUUGUCAAAAACCCCACUGUAAGGCUUGGAAAGAUUUUGGAGAUUGAAGAAGUUGUAGAGGCUCUGAUGGAAGGAAUAGUGACCAACCAGAAAAUGGUUUUUGUUCCAUCAAAUCAGAGUGUUGGUUUACUGCUUGAAAGGGUGUUUCCAGAACGUGCCCUGAAUCUUCUGAGGAAGAUGACUGAUGUCAAGUUUGAUGCAGUCAUUGGGCAGAGAAGCACGCAGUGAAAAGCAAGAACUGAUUCUCAUUUCCCAGAGGCACCAGAGAAGACAGAACAUGUGCUGAGUGUAGUUCCGCUGGCUUGAUUCAGAGCAGAGCUAAGGCAGGUGCUUCCAGGCCACCAUUCCCAGGCACACCUAAGGGCUUAUCCCACACCUGCAGCUGGGACACACCUGCAUAACAGGGAGUGUUAGCAAAGCAGAGAUGCAGCUCUAGAAGGGCUGCUUUGAAUGUACAUCCCAUCACCUCUAUCUCAUUGUGCUGAGGCUGGCAGGAAUUCCCACAAAGGUGGGUGGCCUGUUUUCAGUUCAAUUUAUAUUCUUAAAAUAUAAAAUUCUCUAAUGAACACUGAAUUUCCCAUAUUUUUGUAGCAAAUACCUGAAAUAAUAGAGGUGUAUAUGUAAUAUACCUAAUUACAUCGAUUAUCAAUUACGCAUUUGCACCAAUAAUAUGCCUUUAUAUGAAUAAAUACAGUUCUUUAACACAAA